AUGGGCCCUAAACGAAAAGCUACAAAAAAGGGUUCUAGUACAGCUUCUUCUUCAUCAAAAAAACCAACCAAAACUCAAGCCAAUACAAAGCAAUCCAAUGGUUCAAAGGUGACGCGUAUUUCGAGUAGUUCAAAUCCAGAGGUGAUUCUUUUAGACCAAGCUCCGGUACACAAGGUUCUCACCCGAAUCAAUAGGACCAAACGGACAAGCUCGAAAACGACAUUUCCAGUUGAUGAAUUACAACCUUUUAGGUCACUAAGGAUACCAUCUAAGAAGGGGAAAACCGCUUCUUUUGCGCUUGAUAGUAUGACGGACAAUGAUGAACCCAUUGGAGCGAUACCUUUGAGCCAAAUUGAGGAUGAUGAUGGAUUUGUUUUUGUGCGAAAAUCUGGAUCAGUGAUUUCUUCUCAAGAGCCUUUAAGCAGAGGUCAGGGUCGUAAACUUAAAAGUAUUGCUGAACCAAUUCUGGAGGAUGAAGAUGAAGAUGAAGAUCAAAGAACAGAAGAAGAAAACGUUAAUGAAGAAGAAAUAUCAACAGAAAAGCUUCUUCCUAAACUUACACGAGUAAAAAUGAAUGCCGUUUCUAAUAUAAAUGAUGCUCUUUCUCGGUCUCGGCAAAAAAAGAAAGCAAGUAUUGAAGAUACACAUCCAACCACUUUAAAGAGCAGAAAGAAAGCAAAUAGCAUUGAAGAAUUACCAUCAAAAGCAUCUAGAAACAGAAGGAAGAAAGAUAUCAGUGAAGAGCCACUACUUCGAAACGAAAGCGAGGAAGUUAGUGAGGAAGAGCUUCCUUCACCACCUCGAGGAAGAAAAAGACAAAUGUCAUUAAUGGAGAAGCCUAAGUUGACUCGGGGAGCCAAAAAAUUAAGGAAAAAUAUAGAGGGGGUUGAGAUGAGCUCUUCGGAUGAACUUUUACCAACAGCUCCAGCCAGAAGGACACGUUCAGCUAAAACGAAAACUAAACAGGAUGACAAAGAGCCAACAAGCAUUUCACAACUGGCCCGUGAGGAUUCUGAGUCUGUUCCAAAUGGAACAACAUUAAAGGGACGUGGGAACCAAAGGGUGCCAGUUAGAAAGCCAGAGAAAACCCAACGUCAGACGAAAUCCAAGUCUAACCAAAACAGCAUAGAUAACAAGAGAAGAGAAGAUACCCGGCAAGAAGGCCUUUUGGACCAAGAUGAGUUAAUUCUUCUUCCUGAUUCUAGUUCUGAAGAAGAUGAUGAAUUAGAUUUGAUAUCAAGUACGAAAUUUGUGUUUCCAAAAACCUCGAAAAAGCGGAUAAAGAAACAUAUAGAAGAGGAGCCUUUUAACGAACCAACGCCGGAACCAUCAAUACAUGAAGAAGACGUGAAAAUGGUGGAUGAAGUGGCUAGCUCUCAUAGCAGUCCUAAUUUACAAGAAGACAUCAACACUACACCGACAAGACCAAUAACAACAACAACUACAACUACAACAGAAGAAAACGUGGAAGAGGAUGUACCUGGUCACACUACACAAAUAACGCUGCCUAUUUCAGAUACGCCGAUUAUACGCAGGAAUCAAGAGAUGCGGAGGCGGAUAUCGAAUUCGCGAAGGAGCAGUCUAGGGAAUCGGGGCAAGCGAGCCAGUUCGAUUGGCAAUGGGUUUACAGCGGUUCCCCAUUCGGAGGUUGAGCCGGAGAAUUUUUAUAAGCACUUGGACCACGAGGCGCCUGAUCCACAUAGGAUGAAGCAGCUACUGGUUUGGUCAUCGCGACGAAUACUAGAGAUGCAAUCUGAGCAGUAUAAUAAGCUGAAAAAUAGUCCUGAGUUGAGUACAGAAGAGCGCACAGCAUUACGGAUAGCUCGAGUAAUUCAAGAAGAAGUGGUUCAGGAUUUAAGCGAUGGCAAGAUCUCAACCAGCUGGUGGAGUCGGCCGACUGAAGAUGAGAAUGAAGACACAUUGACUACAAAAGCACCGAAGAAGUUCAAGCCUAAUGUUCUCAAUAUUGCUAAUCGUGAAAACCUUGCCAUUUACCGGAAGAAAAUCCAAGAGCUGCGUCAAGAAAGAGAGCGAUGGCUUGCCCAGAUUGAGCGGGUUAAAUCCGCAGCUGAGGGGUUUAAAAAGUUUAUGGUGAUGACUGAGCAAGCGAGUAAUCCGGAUUCCUCGUCCAAAGAGGGCCUGACACAGGCACUUAAACGGUUUGCACCUGAGGAGUUGGAGCGAGUGAUUACUGAUUAUCCAGUUCUUGAUUCCGGAGUGGGGUCAUCUGAGGUAGCAGCGGAAAAGACAAUUUCUGUUGUGAAUGGUAGUAUACAAGAGAUGAAUAAGAGUGUGGAUAUUUUUGGUGAUUUUGCACAAAAGGUACAGACUGUUGCCACGGCUUCGAGUGCGUUUUCUCUGGGAGCCAUUAAGGAUAUUUCGCUACAGCUACAACGAGAGGAUGAAGCGGUGCGAUAUUCAAAGCUGCAGCAGCAGCAGCAGCAGAGGCUACAAGAAAAGUUGUUGCAAGGUACUGGGAAAGAGAGAGAUAAUAAUGGUGAGCUUUUGGAUGAUGAUGGUGAGGAAAGAAAUUUAGGUAGUAGUGGAAGCAAUGGUAGUAGCAUUGAGAGCGAUAAUGAGAGCGAUGAGGAGGGGUUUGAUAAGAAUGAGAUAUCUCCUGAGACGAUGGGGUUAGCAGCCCAUGCACAAGACAGCUCAUUAGCAUCAGUGAUUAUCAAGUCUAUUCAGACCAAGAAGAUUCUUGAGCAAGCAGAAGAAACAACAACAAUAAGUAAUGACGAUAUGAUUAAUGAAGGCUUAGAUGAUCCAUUGGUAUCAAUCCAAGCAAACGAACCGCAUGUACGAAGUAUCCUACGAACCAUAACGCGACUGGAACACGUUGAGCCGUCCCCAUAG